ACAGAGGACGGAGCCGCGGACUCUGUCUCGGUAUAAAAGUGGCGCAGAUGCAGGUUGGUCGUCAGACUCGGACCCAGGAUGGGCGUUCAGGGCUUGGCCACUUUGCUGGAUUCUCAGCCCCGGAUCUACCGGGACACCAAGUUCAGGAAGAUGCGGCUGGUGAUCGACGGCUGCAACCUGCUGUACCUGAUGUACUUCAAGUCAGGUCUGGAUCAGAAUCGCGGUGGGGAGUACGCCACCUUUGAAGACCUGAUUGAGAGGUUUGUCAAAGCCCUCAGAGACUGUGGGAUCAUGCCGUACGUGGUGCUGGACGGAGGCUCGGACCACACCGACAAGAAGCUUGAAACGGUGACGUUAAGAGCUAAGAGUCGGAUCAAGAAAGCCCAUCAGGCAGCGGUGGGCGGCAGCAAUGAGGAUAUCCUGCCCCAGCUCGCCAAGAUAGUGUUCAGACAGACGCUGGCCCGGCUGGAGGUCCCGAUGGCCCAGUGCUUUGCAGAGGCCGACCCGCAGAUUGUCGCCCUGGCCAACGAGUGGCAGUGCCCGGUGCUUUCCAACGACAGCGACUUCUACAUUUUCAAUCUAUCAUCUGGGCUGCUGCCCAUCUCUCAUUUCAAGUGGGAGGAGGUGGAGCAGAGCGGCUCGCAGAGCUACAUCCCCUGUAAGACCUACCACGCCAACAGCUUCUGCAUCGCCCUCGAGAUCAAGCCCCAGCUCCUGCCCACCUUCGCCGCCUUGGCCGGGAAUGAUUACGUGAAGCUGAAGAGGAUGGAGUCGCCCAUCGACUGGGUGCAGUUUGACCCGAGCGAGAAGCCGAGCCACCUGAAGGGGCUGCUCUGCUGGCUGAAGGGCUUCAACGAACCUCAGGAGGCGCUGGAGGCGGCGGUGAGGCUGAUGAGAGGAGUGAGCAUGGAGAGAAAGGCUAAGGUGCUGCAGAGCCUGUCUCUGGGGAUGGACGAGUACCAGGUGCCUCCCAGCUCCCUGACCAAGUUCUUCAUCCACGGGAUGCCCCCUCCGUUCCUAGCAGUGGAAAAAGAGCCAGGUCUCAUCCCAGACUGGAUGCGACUUCCUCUGACGCAGGCCCGGCUGACCGCAGACGUCCUGGAUGUGCUGCAGCUGCAGAGGAUGAGCCUCAGCCUCCCAGUGGCCCACAGGGACAUGCCCAGCUCCAACCUGAUGUCCAGGCCGCUCCGCCAGGUGAUGUACGGGCUGCUGCUGGGCGGAGGAAAGCCGAUCCAGGUGGAGGAGAGUGACAGAGACGGCCUCCAGCUGAAACUGAUCCCAGUCGAGCCGGCCUUCAGAGGGGUCACUCAGCGGCUGGUGCUCAGCUCUUUGGACAAGGCGGAGCUCUCUGAACGUCUGCAGGUGUUACUGGAGGCUCUGCAGGUGACUGAGUCGUCUCUGAGAAACCUGCCGCCUCAGCUGCGCCUCCCGGUGGCCGUCACCUGUUUCUGGCUGCAGAGAGCGGAGCCUCCUCCGGACAACAGGCUGCUGAAGGCGCUGCUGCUCGGGCUGAGCAUCGGAGACUCACUGAGACACAGAGCAGCUCUGCAGGUUGGAAAUCAACCAAAGCUGGACUUGAACGUGGCUCACGCCUUCAACCAAUGGCAGGCCUGCCUGAAGGACAGCAUCCACCUGAACCAGCUGCUGGGCUUCCCUCUACCUGAACCACAGGUCGCACGGUUGUAUGAGGGGACACUGGUCCACAACAUAGUCCACAGGAUGAGGACAGGAAGACGAUUCAAGGCCUUCCUGAAGAGCGAUCGCUCCAGCGUGAAGAGGUACCACGCCAUGGUGUCCGUCGUCCACCAGUUUCACACUCAGAGAGCACCAUCGCUGUCCAAGACCCUGAAGAAAGCGGCGCCUUCGCGGUGCCUGCGACAGCCUCUGGAGGACCUGACCCCCAUCCUGCAGCAGCUGUUCCUCCAGGACCAGGACGAGGAGAAGGAGGUGAGCAGCGUCGUCAGAGCUCAGGAGGAUCUGUACUUCGACGAACCGUUGUUGGUGAAAACUCGGUACAGAACCAAGGAGAGGAACAACCGGUGCAACAAACCGGAACUGUCCCGCAAAGAGGAGUGCAGAGGCCGGGACAUCAUCUGAGGACCAGAGACCUCGAUCCAGGCCUACAGCCACUAACAGAGACUCUGAAGUUUGUUCGUUAACAGUUUGAUUCAUCGUUUGCUGGUUUUAAACUUUAAACACUCCUGCUGUUCUGACGUUUUAGAAUCAGAGUUCUGUUUUAAGUGUCAAAGUAUUUCUUAGAUUUUCAGUAUUUAUUGGUUUAUUUCUAAACUUUUUGCACUUUGAUACAACAAAUAAGGAAAUGUUCAAUUUACUGUUUUAAUGUUAUAAAUGUAUUUUUUCUAUGCUAAUAAAUGAAUAAACGGUCCUGUGUGACUCAAA